UUAUAACCUCAACGCUCCUCCGCAAGAGAACGUGUGACUUCCAUAGUUCCACGCCACAACAAACAGUCUUGUGAGAAUCAUUCAGAGAGUAUACCUAUAUAUGAAUAUUGUGCCGCGGCACGUGCGAGGUUCCAUUAUUAUAUUUUUCAUAUAAGUUGUUAUACUUAUGUCAUAAAAUGAAAAAAGUGUGAUUGUACAUUUUGAAAGAUGGAGAGCGAUGUUAUGGGAGUCGUGAACAUCGCCGUUCCUGAGAAGUCGUCGAAACUUGGAUUCAUCCUCGCUGCUGUUACAGGUGGCAUUGGAGUAGCGAUUAGUGUUAUAUGCAUCCCAUUUGUCAGUCCUGGAUUUAGAAGAAUAUGUUUACCUUAUGUACCAGCAACAACAGAUCAGGUAGAGCAUGUCUUACAAGCUUUGAAAGGACGAUCAGGCAGACUUGUUGAUAUAGGAAGUGGCGAUGGACGGAUUGUUGUAGCUGCAGCAAAAGCUGGCUUUCAAGCAGAUGGUUUAGAGCUUAAUCCAUGGCUUGUAGCAUUUUCUAAAGUGUCUGCACUAUCUAAUGGUGUUUCAUCAAAGACAUCAUUUUUCAAGAAAGAUUUAUGGAAAUUCAAUUUAGAGAAAUAUAAUAAUGUUGUUAUAUUUGGUGUUGAAGAAAUGAUGGAAGAACUGAAAGAAAAAUUCACAUCUGAGCUGAGACCAAAUAGUACAAUCGUAGCUUGCAGGUUUCCAAUUCCAAACUGCAAACCAGUCUUGACAAUUGGUGAAGGCGUGGAUACAGUUUGGGUGUAUGAAACACCUCUGAAGGAUAUGUAAGAAAGGUUUUUUUUAUUUUUUACAAACUUAGAUUUUUUUGUUGGGCAAAUUUAUUGUAGAUAAUUUUAAAAUUUAAUACAUAUAAUAAAUUAGUUAUUUUAGACAUAAAAUUACAUUGAUAAAAGUUUAAUUUUAUAAAAAUAUAUUACUCUGAAUAAAUAAUACUUUAAUAUAAAAA